UGAUUUGGAGGCAGUACAUGAGUGGCAGGUGUAGACAGUGGGUUGCACCUGUCUUGCCUCACACACACACAGACCGUCCGCAGAGGAACACCGCUCUCAUUCGACUGCACCCUCUUCUCCCAAACACAACAGGGAUUGUUUCUGAACACAUUUGAGCAUGGGGAGAAAAGGAGGGACAGUUUUGCUACUAAUGUGUUGUGUGGUCCUAGUGACAUCUGUGAAAAUGAGAGACCCCAGGAUCAAAAACUGUGCGAGACAACUGAUGAAAAAUUGUCAAAGGGAAGGAUAUGAAACACCUGACACUGAUCAGCUGGCCACUGUGCUGAACAGUGAGAAGGACUCCACCACUUCCCCCCUCCUGGCUGUGUUUGACAGUGUCCUGGAAUCUGUCUCCUCUGGCUACAAUCCUUCCAAAAUUCUAAGUUCUUUAGGGAAAAAGGACAUAACUCUCACCGCUGACAUGUUGCCAAAAAUUAUCCAGAAGUUUGCCAGCGUCUCGGAGUCCUCUGCUUGCUACCUGAACGCCAUCAUGGCUCCGCUGGCUUGGGACACUGUGACAAACAUGGACGGCAAUAUGAAUUUGAUGGAUUAUAAAACACUGCUGUCAGCCGCCAAACCUAUGAUCACAAAGUGUCGUGAAAAACUGAACCUCCCUCAAACCAUCAUGAAAGAUUACCUGUACAGCCUUAUGGAAAUGCUGAAUGAAGUGUACCCGCUGACCACUGAGGACCAGAGGAAUCAGGUGAUAAACUGGGCCAAGGAGAAAAUUAAGGAAGAUUUAUUCAACUGUAGCAGCCGAGCGUCUUCUGGCUCAGUCCGGUGCAGUAACUCCUUAAAAUGGCUGACAUAUGAGUUCCUCACCAUACUCGGCCCGUAUCUCUCCGAACUAACUCCAGCAGACCUCAACCUCGCUCCAAAAGAACAGUUGUGUAACUUCUUCAAGGCGUCCGAGUUCAAACCUAUUAUGGACAAAAUUAUGACAAUGAAGCCCAGUCUGGCCCAAAAACUUCUCAGCAUAAUCCAAAAAUGCUUUAGCAACAAUAAAGAAUUUAUGAACUAUUUGGACAGGUUAGGCCCGCUGGUUUGUUAUUACAAUCCCCCAAGCUCUCAGCUCACAGCCAACGACAGCAUCACACUUUUAUCUGCCCUUUCUAAGUGUGACGACCGCGGUCUGACAAAGAUAAAGAAGAAACUGUUGGACAAUGUGAACAUCAAGGGGGCUAACGUUCUUCAGACCAUUCGUCAGCUGGGAGUUGAAGCCAAGAUUCUGGGGAACAAGAUAAAAUCAUUAAGUAAGGAUGAGCUGAGGAGCCUGGUCAAUGACUCCAGCAUCAAGCUGUCAAAAGAACAGAAGCGUAUGGUGCUGAAGACAUUUGUGGGGGAUGAUAUGUGCAAGCAGCUUUCAGAAGAGGAACUUAAAGACCUCUCAGGAGUUGCGGAUGCGCUGCCAAUUUGUAUUUACAAAAAGAUCAAGCCUAAAGAUCUUGAAGACCGUGAAGUGUUGAAAAAAAUUGUCAAGAACAGCAAAAAGUCCCAGGGUGUAGCCAUACUUAGAGCGUUAGGUAAGAUGAAUGCCACAGAGAUGAUGAACUUGCCCGAUGAACUGCUUCAAGUAGUUCCUUUGCGUCAACUGGAACACUACAACAACAUUGCCUGGGAUAAAAUUAUCCAGAAAAAAUGGCGCAAAGGACAGGCUACAUAUUUUGCCAUGAAUAUGACACAAGAAGUCAAGGAUUGGUACAGAAAUGCGGGCUCCAUCCUUCUGGGUGUCACUUGUAAACAGAUUGAAGCUGUUGCAGAUUCUGAAGUUCUGGCAAUGGCUCAAAGCUUAGCAGACACUCCUCAGUGGCUCUCCAAAGCUAUGGUCAGAUGCAUUUCACAGAAGCUUUUCUCGACACUUGAAUCACAAAGAACAGGCUACUUUAAAACCAUAACUACAGAGGAGCUGAAUAGCAUCCCUGCAAUCUUUCUGAUUCAACUACCAGCAGAAGUGGUGCAGGGUUUGCCUGACUCUGUGUGUUCGGCUUUCCUCCAAAAGAUGGAAAUGUUAAACAUCAGCAGACCAUCCCUCCGCUCUGCCUCUCUCCCUGCACUCACCCAGAAAGCUCUGAGCUGUCUGGGCUCAAAUAUGUCCAGCCUGACCACUGAGGACAUGAACAAACUGGGCCCGCUGGUGUGUGAAGUUUCACCCACAAAACUGAGACUCCUCGAAAAGGAAGUGCUCAAAACCACCCUUCAGGCCAUGGCUUCUUGUUACCGCUUCCCUGAGGACCACCGAGAGGGUUUGCUCCAAUUGGUCAACCAGACUUUUGGGGAUCCCUCAACUUGGACUCCUGCCACUGUGGAAGAGUUGGGCCGUCUCCUCUUUUUGUAUGGAAACACCUCAUUUUCUCUGUCUAAAGAGUAUGGCAUGAAAACUGCCGUCUCUUAUCUCCUUGAUAAUGAAAAUGUCCCCGAAUAUCUCCGCAAAAUACUUUUUAAUCUCACUGUUAGUAGCACUCCACCGCCUGCAGCCCGGAGGAAGAGAGAAGCCAACCCCAACAGUAACGCCGUCAAGCCGACCACUAGCACCACCACCAGCAGCACCAACACCUCCAGCAGCUUCAAUGGCACCGCUAUCAAUGCUGAAGUCCCCACCGUGGAGCUGAUCACGGACCUGAAAGAGCUAAAUGUCUACUGGACCCCCAAACAGCUGGAGGCCAUGACUCAGGACACCUUCAAUGAAACGGUGGAUAUUCUGGGCGCUGUGACCGGCUACAGCCCAGAGCAGCUGAAAGUGCUCAGUGGAAAAGCCGUACAGGCCUUUGGUUCAACUGCCAGUAUGAAUGAGACUGAAGUCGCAAAGCUGGGCUGUAUCUCUCAGGGCUUCACUGCUGACCAACUGGUGAAAAUGAGCUUCAGUCUCGACUCUCUGGACGAUAUCGCCAAAUGUGGCUGGAAUGACUUACAGGUCAUAGCCGUGUGGAAGGCAGCAGCCAAAUUCAACAGUCUGACGCCUGCCGGUCUGGCGGCCUCCGACAUGGUGGCUCUGAGCCGUUUCAUGUGUGGACUGAACGCUGAAGAAAUCAAGCAACUCAACGUCACCGCCUUCACGGAAGCUGUGGGGUCUCUGUCACUCCAGUGCCCUGCGGAAGUGAUGCAACAGUACAAGAAUCUCACAAUGAAAUCCUUUGGAGCCCCCGACACCUGGACUCCAGCUGUAGUCUCUGACCUGGGCACUUUUAUUGCUGGCCUAAGUGAUGGUGAAUUUGCUUCUUUGGAUGUCUCUGUCUUCCAACACAUAAGCAAGGACUGCAUUCCUCUCAUCCCCCCUGCCAACUUAGCCGCUCUGUCAGUAACUCAGAUUGAGGCGCUCGGCCCUGACAACGCUGGUUUGGUAACUCAGGAGCAGAAAGCCGCCAUGACAGCAGAACAGCUGGGAGCUCUUUCCAGGGCCAUCGAAGGAGUUCGCAACCCAAGCUCCGAAAGUGGAAAUAAAGCUCCACCUCUGGCGACUGAAGGCAUUGGCGCUUUCUUUAAGCCUCUCCUGUUUCUCGUGCUGGGGCUCAUUCUGCUGUGAAGUUUUGAAUACAGAAUCCUGCUUCCUGCCACAAAGAUCAUGUAGAUGGCAGAUCUAUUUGCACUCAAUGUAAAUGAGUAGUUUGAAUUUUCUAUCUUUCACUAAAUAAAAUAUAUAAGGGCGUUUGCAAUA